AUGGAGUUGGUGGACAUCCAUAGAGCGGACGACGACAACUUCCGGCUAGAAUCCAAGCCGACGCAACAGGCUGGCGUUGCGCAUUCAGGAAAAGAGGUUGACCCUACCAAGGAAGCAACAUCCAGUCAAAACUCGCAGGAUGCUCCCAGUCUCCAAGGCGUCCAGUUGAUCGUUCUAUUAUCGUGCCUUUUCCUUGGUAAUUUCACCAUUGGAUUUGACAGCAGUUGUAUUGGCACCCUUCUUGUGAUUCUCACCGACCACUUUGACGCUCUUCAAGAUAUUGGUUGGUACCAAUCAACAUACUUGUUAACUUUGUGUGCGCCUAUCUUGGUGAUGGGCCGACUGUACACCUUCUACUCCAUGAAGACACUUUACGUGCUCUCUUUCACCAUCUUUAUCGCCGGCUCUAUCCUUACUGCUGCCGCACCAACGUCUACUGCCUUCAUCCUUGGCCGCGCAGUGAGCGGCCUCGGUGCAGCAGGAAUAAACUCUGGCAUGUACAUCAUUCUUGCACACACCGUUCCGCUAAAGAUCCAACCCAUCAUAUUCGGCAUUUGCGGCGCCGUAGAGUGCGCGGCGCUCGCUUUUGGGCCAUUGAUCAGCGGAUCAAUCGCUCAUGCCGACAAUUGGAGGAUCAACUUCUGGACUAUCGUGGGUCUGGGAAGCGCUGUUGCAUUAGGCGUGUCCGUCAGUAUAGGUCAUCUGCGCCAGAGUGCGGACGAGAAACAACUCAGUGUAACUCAGAGGUUGAAGCGUCUCGACUGGUAUGGGCUGGCGACAGAGCUUCCCAUGACGAUCUGCUUGAUCCUGAGUUUGCAAUGGGCUGGUACGGCGUAUGCUUGGUCGAACUGGAGAAUUAUCCUCCUGCUCACCGUAACCGGUGUGCUUGCCAUCCUUUUUUUUGUGGUUGAGCAUAUCGGUGGCAGUAACAGCAUGAUCCCCUUGCCAAUACUACGACAGCGAAAUGUCGCCUUCAGCUGUGCGGUUGGCUUUUGUAAUUUUGCCGCUUUGUGGAUCUUUGCCAACUACAUCCCCCUCUAUUUUCAAGUAGUGCGUGGAGCAGAUACCCUUCAUUCGGCUUUGAUGUAUCUACCGACCACGCUAAGUAUGUCCAUCUGCGCGCUGGCCAGUGGACCUGUUACAUCUACAAUCGGUUAUUUCAACCCAGCAUUACUUUUCGGCAGCGCGCUGAGUGUGACUGGAGCAGCAUUGAUGGCCACAUUCGAAACCCAUACGCCUGCAGCACGAUGGAUAGCUUACCAGAUCAUCUACGGUAUCGGCGUUGGUAUGGCAUUCCAGCCUCCUUUCAUCGCCCUGCAAACCGUGCUUGAGAAGCCACUUGUUCCUGCAGCCUUGGUACUGCUGAACUUUGUGCAGAUGCUCGGUGGCAUCAUCUUCCUAUCCAUCUCGCAGAAUGUGUUCCUGGACAAGCUGACAAACAAUCUUACACAAAACAUCCCGAAUUUUAACCCAGCCAUUGCCAAGCAAAAUGGCGCGACUGGUCUGAAGGGUUUGGUGCCCGUUGAUUAUCAACCACAGGUCAUACUGGCCUAUAAGUCUGCUAUCAUAGACGUAUUCUACAUCGCACUUGGUCUGGUUAGUGUUGGCCUGCUAGCUGCGCUCGGCCUUGAGUGGAGGUCAAUCAAGAAGGACGAUGAGAAGAAAGAGUGA